GCACGAAUUGAUAGAAACAUUAAUUAAGAUAUUCCAGUGUUUAAAUAAGGGCAGCUCUGUCAGCGAUAAGGCUUUCAAUUUUCAAAUCUUUUUGUUCUUCGAAUGGCUCGUAUAUGCUUAGCAUCAAUUGCAUCCUGUAUUUAAGGAGUUUUGCUCGUAGUUAUAUGUAUACUGACGUCCUGUUUACGUCUGUUAUAGUAACCGGAAUUAACGAUACGGCAAGUCUGACUUUAUUUUAAAACGACGUGAAGCCAAUUCUGAAGCAAAUCAUUCUACCCGGAUAAAGACAGAACAGCUGCAGGAUCAUGGAUGGACUUCUUACACGCCGAUGGGAAUACGCCAAUCAGGAUGGACUUCUUAUACGCCGAGCGCAUUUAAAACAACGAGACAUGUCUGUUCUUAAUCGAAGACGAUCUCGCUUUCAUAGCCUCUGUGAUGACAACGAUGGUGGAAAAGCAGUCUCAAACAGCCCACAAUGUCGCUUUAUUGUCUCGUACAUCGGCGAAACAGUUUGGCGGGAAGAAUUCACGUAUGUAAAUGAGGUCGUAGAGAAUAUAUUACCCAAACAGAUGUUCGCGAAAUUUUGGUCGAAGAAAGAUACAAAGAGGAAAGUCUGUCUGUUUGUUGAUGUUUGUUCUACGGCUAUCCAUAUUCAAAACACUCAGGGGAUUUCUGAAAAUAGUUUUCGUCUUUGUGACAUCAAGGAAGUGAUAUAUUGCGGUCAUAUGAAGCAGUAUUCGAAAUACUUGAUUUUAGUUGUGAAUGGGGAAGUUGACUCGGCCGUUAAUGCUCAUAUUUUCUCGUGCGCUAGUGUGAAGGACGCUAAAAAUGCAUUCAAAAUUUUUACUGAUUUGUUUACAAGUUUCCAUAAAGAGAAGCCAGAUUUCCAUCUGCAGGUCGAAAGCGAUAUCACAGAAGUUUCCAACGGUGUUCAUACAAGUUCGCCAUAUUUGUUAUUGGCUACAGAAGGAGAGACAGAGAGACAAAACAGUUUGUCUGAGAGCGAGCAGAUGUCUCCGGACGGUGAGGAACAUUUAUUAGAUCACGAGUUCACGGCAUUUGCCAGGAUAAGAUCAUUUAAUUCUGGUCGUGGUAACAGAUAUACCCCAGGUUCCAGUAAAAAGCGUCCGUAUUCGCUUCCUGCAAGAAAUCCGCGUUAAGAUAUCGAUGUGCUUUUUGCAAUACCGAUCAGUACGCUGGAAUAUUGUAUUUGUUUCGAUUUCGAUAUUAAAUGUUGUGCAAUUCUCAACUGAUUCUUGACAGAGUAAAUAAAUGAAGAUUGAUAACUUAAGAUGUACAUUCACAUGAGUAAUGUACCAUAAGAACAAAAUUUCAUAUUUGAUAUUUUUUUGUAGCCCUUAAUCGAUGUGUGGACUAACACAAUCUUCCUUUAGAUGCCGUGUUGUAUGAUAAGUCAACUUUUUAUGUUCCUAUAUACAAGUUACUUGUUUAUACUUAUCAAAGUUGUCCAUUGAACUUUUGAAUAAUAGACAAACUUUAGGCGAUAAGACGCGAAUUUCCGAAAAAGGCCUACUAAACGUAGCAAGUUUGGCUGCGAAAUAUUGUGAAAUGCGGAAAACAUAUAGCCAAUCGAAGUCCGCAGAUUUUGUAUACUUUUGUAAUACAAACGUAUACAAAAAAUGCUUAUAUAUAGUGUACUUUGCAUAGCUAUAUAUUUUCCGUAUUACCUGCAUGGUAUUUUGCAGCCAAACGUGGCAAUUAUACUAAUUUAAAUAUGCUCUAUUCGGCUGCUGUGAUUUAUUUAAUUGUUACCUAUAGAUCAUAUUAACUUGUACAUAAUGCAAAAGGUCAAUUGUAUUGGUAAGUAUUUCUCUGAAGACCCUAAUGCUUAAUUGGUCUUGUAAAUCUUGAUACGAUAAAAUCAUUUUUUCAUGUUCUUACUUGCAUAUUCUUGUCGUUGAUUCCAAAAAUUGACAAUGAAAUCUAAGAACAUCAUUCAAUAUUGUAAACAUCAAUUAUAUACGUGUAUUUUGUCUGAGCGUGACU